GCCGGCCUAUUACUCCCUCCAUGGCUGCGCUGGCCAUUGCUUCCAACCGUAAACGGAAAAUAGAGAUGGACUUCUCUGAUUUCAUCACCAACCAAACGGACGCCUCCUUAAUGUUUGCAAAGCACGUCUUCUUCGACGUGGUCAAAGGAGAUGGCAACUUUGUUGUGUCUCCCCUCUCCAUUAACAUCUUGUUGGGUAUGGCCGCCGCCGGCUCUACCGGCGAAACCCGCCACAGCCUUCUUUCCUUCCUCGAGUCCGAUUCCACCACCGAUUUCGAUGCUUUUGCCUUCCACGUCCUCACCAAUAUCCUUGCUGAUGCCAGUCAUCUCGGUGGCCCCGGUCUGUCGGUGGCUAACGGCGUUUGGAUGGAGCAAACUCUUUCUUUUAAGCCCUCUUAUAAAGAACUCUUGGAAAGGUCUUAUGACGCUGUUUCUCAAUCUGUUGACUUCCGUACCAAGGUAUCUUCAGGGAUCUUCAGCUCACAGCUUGCUCCUCCAGUCCAGUACAUCUUCUCCUACUUUGCAGGCUUAUUCUGAUGCUGACUGGGCUGGUUGUCCUGAUAGUAGUCGGUCCACUUCUGGUUUUGCUAUUUUCUUCGGUCCGAAUUUAGUCUCCUGGAAGUCUAAGAAGCAGCCCACUGUCUCUCGUUCUUCCACAGAGGCUGAAUAUCGGGCUAUUGCAUACACAGUACAAGACAUGCUUCACAUUCGCUCCAUCCUAUUUGAGUUGGGCGUUCCCAUUCGGCACCCAGUGCAGUUAUUGUGUGAUAAUGUUUCUUCCUCCUACUUGUCCACAAAUCCUAUCCAGCAUGCUCGGAGCAAGCACAUCAGCAUUGAUUAUCAUUUUGUUCGUGAGAGAGUCUCGCAUGGAGAUCUGGUUGUCCGCUAUGUUCCUACUCAAUUUCAGCUAGCCGACAUUUUUACUAAAUGUCUGUCACCACAGCGUUUUAUUUUUCUUAGGGACAAUCUGCGCAUUGUUUCCCCUACACAGCUUGAGGGGGUGUAAUAGAUUAUAUUAGAGUAAUUAAUACCAUACCAUUAACUAGGUUUCCAUAUUUCUUAUGUUUCCUAAUGUACUCAGGACAUAUUCUUUUAUAUAUAUGACACCUAGGGCUACCACAUUGGUAAGCCUUUGCAUUAUUCUCACACUAGAU